AUGCCGGAAGAGAACUGGGUUGCUCACGGGGGGGUUCCCGCGUGCGAUUUGUGCCAUUCCCGAAAGGUCAAAUGCGACCGCAAAGAGCCAUGUGCAAACUGUGUAGCGGCCAAGGCCGAGUGCUUGCGGAACAGGCACAAGCGUGUUCCCCGACCCAAGGUCCGGACCGAUGACAAAAUACAAGCGCUUGUACAGAGGCUCUCCUCUCUAGAACACUCUCUACAUGGCGCUCAUCGCAGUCCUCCCAAUCCAUCCCAAGAGCCUGAUAUGACAAACACCUCUGUCAAGCCAAGCACUGAAGCAAUACCCGAUCGACCAGCAAAAAGGAAGCGUACAACUAGCUCUCAAGAAGUAUCAAUACCUCCAACAACGCCAGAAGUUGACACAACUUCGCAAACAGCAAACGAAGCUCGAUUACACAUCACCAAAGAGCUCUCUACCAAUGGCUUACUAUCUGGACACCAACGCUCGGUCCUUGAGACUGCCAUGUCCUUUGUUGAUCAAUUGUCACACGCGCCCGCACAAAACUUGACAGACCGCAGUACUUUUGAUAAGUCCAUGCACGUUUCCACAGACCUUUCCCAACGCGAAAUUGUCAAUGUCAUUCUUGGAAGUGAGUUCAAGGCACGGAGUGAAGCUGCCGUUCGCCAUCAUACCAUCGACCACAUACCGCCCAAGGCCAUUGAGAGAAUCGCUCUUGCCCUAAUGGCAGGCACUGCCGACGACAAAACCUUGAAUCUCUACAAGGUUGUAAUCCAUUUCCAAGCCGCUGUCGUCAUGUACGCCAGCCAGUUGCAAGCGCCCAAAAGCGCUGCAGUGCAAAAGCAAAUCCAACAGAUGGAGUACGAUCACAUAAUAGCCGCACUUACCGCCUUGGACAACAUAAGCUUCAUGACCUCACCCUCUCUCCUUCUAGUGCAAGCUUUGGUGACAGGAGCCAUCAUGAUGCAAAUCAUAGGCAACCCUGUACAGUGCUGGGAACUCACGGCUCACGCAUCGCAAACGAUUGUAGCACUCGGAUACCAUAAUAUUGACAAGACAGUACCAGAGACUGACGAAGAGCGUGAGAUUUACGCCGUUGUUGCCCAAUGUGCAGAGCUCGACAGUGCCAUGAGUCUGUUGCUUCUUCGACCGAGGUCACUUCCUAAAUUUCAAAUCAAAAUCCACGACCAACUGCGAGCAGACCCUUCAAACCCUAUGAGUGUCCUAGAGUUGGUCUCUGUGCAAGACAAGCUUCUGGACUUGUCUCUCCCUCAGCGCACUAAACGAUCGCCGGGUGCUCUGAAAGAAGAGGUAGCCCAGUUAAGAGCUCAGAUGAAAGAUAUAUAUAUUCUGAUGGAGAAGGAGCGUCAAUUGCACCUAUUGGAUAGUAGAACUGAUGCUCUUAUCCACUACAAGAGUAUGGAGUUCAAGUACUUCUCCCUCUUGACAUCUGUUCACAGGCUGAGCCCCACUGUCACAACGAACUACCUGGAGCGAGAAGAGUGUCUUCAGAGUGCACGGAAGGCGCUCGAAUGUGUCAAGAUGAUCGAACAGCUCGCAAGGACCUUGGAUCAUUUCAUCGAAGGCUUUGACCCGUAUCUAUCAUGGACUUUGUUGUCACAUCCUCUGUGUCCGUUCUUUGUCGUCUUCUGCAAUGUGGUUGGCACCUCUGACCCUCGCGACUUUCAGCUUCUCGAGGAUGUGAUUGAUUGCAUCUCGUCGCUCGUUACAGAGAACAAAUAUGUCAACCGUUUGCAUCGACUCUGCGCAACACUUCUCGGUCUUUGCAAGCCUCUGGUAGGGAGUCCAAGUGCACACAACCAAAUGCAACCAACCCCGGAUCCCACCACGUCUUUGGCGCCAUAUCCUACAUCGAUGCCUUUCAAUCAUGGCCCUGAUAUAUUGUCCAAUAACGACGGUGAUACAAACAAUGGGAUGAUAAAUUCUUCCUGGAACGAUAACAUGAUGUGGCAGUUGUUCCAGUCGCAGCCAUCGUUGGACUGGUUCAACGCUGAUAUCCUUGACCCCGCUUGGGAUAUUGGUCAACCAAAUUGA